CUGAACAUUCAAUAGCCGUAAGGAUGGCAGACCAAUCGGAGCUCCUGCAGAAACUUGAGGUUUGUUCCAUUCUUGCAGCCUAACCUCCGACCUGUUUUGCGGUAUAAAGAUAUAAACGAAAGCGAUGUUUUCCAUUUCAGGAUUUUUUCUGUUCGCCAAAGUUCACAUGUGCUAUCGGGGACUUCAUGGGAGAGAAUGCAGGGAAGCUGGAGUUCGUUCCGCUUGAAGAGGAGCAGCCCCUGCAGAACUUUGACAUCUUCAAGUUAUAUGCUACUUUGGUCGAGCGGCAGCUUGAGGACUUCAUCCUCAGCGAGGGCCUGACGGUCAAGGACGUGUGCGACGCGUGCACAACAGCGCAGAACGCGGAGUCGCAUACUCACCUCGCAGCCAUUGACUACCUUGUUGCAAGUACUGAUUACGAGAGCUUCAUGCAGCUGGCUUACGAUCACUACGUGGUGGCCAAUUUCGGGUCGGAUAUGGAGGACGAGGCUGUGGAGCAGGCGGCGGAGGCGGCAACAGCAGAGGUGACGGCUGAUCAGCAGGCCUGAAGGCUAUUGCGGACAUGCACGGAAGAAACCCAUGAAUAGAACUCAAUCUGUCCAAUCUCCCCGAGGCAGCUAUGGUGAAGAGGGAGGCUUGUCGACAUAGGGUAGCUGCUUGUCGACAUAGGCAAGGUGGCCACAACGCCUGCACAAGGCGCCUGCGCAACGCUUUUAUUGCGUCUAGCUUCGGCACACUCUGACAAUCCAACUUUGGGACCAUUCAUGUUGCAUGGGCGAUGGUAGGCCCCCAAAAUAUCAGCUGUGCAGGGUGUUCGUCAGGGCCCAUGCAUGCCCAUGCAGUCUCAAGGUACCCCGCCCGGCAUUGCCAUAGGUGAACAACACAUACAUAUGUUUCGUUGAAUGGCUAGCUCGCAUGUGAAUGCAGGGGAUAGCGGAGGGAUUGGGGGGUUAGCCCCAUUUGCCCUGUCAGCGGAGGCAUUGCAGCGAUGCGUCUACCGGCUAGUAAUUCGGCCAUGAAUGUACAUAGGAUGAGGGUGAUAAGCAUGGUCAAGAUCCCUCAUGGUCAAGUUGCUAGGUCCCGGAUCCUUUGGGAGUCAUGGCCCGGCUCUUGGUGUGAGUCACAUAGUAAGUCCAGCCCGUCAAUGCGUAGUUGGAUAAGCUUGCGCGAGUGUGCUGCAUUUGUGUGAAUGUGUCUGUUCGUGUAACCACAAUAGUUCACAUACUGGCCAGGGCACAUCUCAAUUAUUCGCUGGCAUUUCGGCAUGGCCGGUACCAUUGCUUACCAUUUCACAGACAAUGUUCGGUAGCUUUCUUUGCGGUGGUGUGGGCAUUUACGGACAGGAAGGCCCUUUAGCAGCCCUGCCCUUUACACACGCCAGGUUCUGGAUGGCGUGAGCCUGCUGUUAAUUCUGUGAAACGUAUUGGCGAAUU